GGGGUCAAAGGUAAGCGUUCGUAUUUAAAAACAUGGACGCCAGAAAAGGGGAUGAAGCAUUAGACAAGAUGGAAGGUGAUGGAGACAUUGGAUCUGUCAUGGGAUUCUCUGGGUUUGGAAAGAAAGCCCGCACAUUUGACUUCAAUGCCAUUUUUGAGCAGACGCGGCGAACAGCUAUUGAGAGGAGUCAGCGUGUGUUGGAAGAAAGACAGAAGGUGACUCAGAUGGAAGAGGAAGGAGAGAGCUCCAAGUCAGUCAAACCAUCAGUUCACAGUCAGAGAGAAAAAGCUGCAGCUGCUUCUUCUUCUAGAGUACAGAAAAAUGAGAGCAGCAGUAAUGGUACUGAGUCAGACUCUAACUCAGACUCCGAGCCUAUUGGACCUCCGGUACCUCCUCAACAUACAGCCCAGGAGGAUGAUGAUGAGCUUGUGGGCCCACCUCUUCCACCAGGUUACACGAGCAGGACGACACACAGUGAUGACGAUGACGACGACGACGAUGAUGAUGAUGAUGAUGAUGAUGAUGAUGAUGAUGAUGAUGACGACGACGAUGAUACCCAUGAGGGACAGACACAAGAUGACGAUGAUGAUAAUCCAGUGAAAAGGAUUCCAGACACUCAUGAGAUCACGCUGCAGCAUGGCACCAAAACAGUAUCCGCUCUCGGUUUAGACCCGUCUGGAGCCCGUCUGGUGACUGGUGGAUAUGAUUACGAUGUGCGAUUCUGGGAUUUUGCUGGGAUGGACCAGUCUCUGCAGGCCUUCAGAUCCCUGCAGCCUUGUGAGUGUCAUCAGAUCAAGUCUCUGCAGUAUAGCUCCACUGGUGAUGUCAUCCUGGUGGUUUCUGGCAGUGCACAGGCCAAAGUGUUGGACCGUGAUGGCUUUAAUGUCAUGGAGUGUGUAAAGGGAGACCAGUACAUUGUGGAUAUGGCUAACACCAAGGGCCACACAGCUAUGCUGAAUUGCGGUUGUUGGCAUCCCAAGAUUAAAGAAGAAUUUAUGACCUGCUCCAAUGAUGGCACUGUGCGCACAUGGGACCUGAAGUCUGAGAAGAAGCACAAGUCUGUGUUCAAACCUCGCUCCUUUCAGGGAAAGAAGGUCAUCCCCAUUUGCUGCACCUACAGCCGUGAUGGAAAGCUCAUUGCAGCAGGCUGCCAAGACGGCUCCAUCCAGAUCUGGGACAGAAACCUCAGCGUUCACACAAAAUUCCACUGUCGCCAAGCCCACACUCCAGGAUCGGACACCUCUUGCCUCUGCUUUUCUUACGAUGGCAUGACUCUCACUUCACGUGGAGGUGAUGACACUCUAAAGAUGUGGGACAUACGCAACUUCAAAAAACCUGUCAAUGAAGCGACCAGACUGACCAACUACUUUUCCAUGACAGACUGCUGUUUUAGCCCAGAUGACAAGCUCGUUGUGACAGGGACCUCGGUGAAGAAAGACGAGGGAAAUGGGAAGCUGGUUUUCUUUGACAGAACUUCCUUUCAGAGGCUGUAUGAGAUUGAAGUUACCAAUGCCAGUGUUGUCCGCUGCCUGUGGCAUCCAAAACUUAACCAGAUAAUGGUGGGUACCGGGAAUGGGCUGGCCAAGGUAUACUAUGAUCCAGUUAGAAGCCACAGGGGGGCUAAGUUGUGCGUAGUGAAGAGCAAGCGCAAAGCAAAACAAGCAGAGGCACUAACGCAAGAUUACAUCAUCACACCUCAUGCCUUACCCAUGUUCAGAGAGGCCCGACAGCGGAGUACACGAAAACAGCUGGAGAAGGACAGACUUGACCCAAAGAAGUCCCACAAACCUGAGCCUCCUGUGUCUGGACCAGGCCGAGGAGGCAGAGUAGCAGCUCACGGUGGCACUCUGUCUUCAUUCAUUGUGAAGAACAUCGCUUUAGAUAAAACUGAUGACAGUAAUCCACGCGAGGCCAUCCUGCGUCACGCCAGGGAAGCUUCUGAGAACCCUUACUGGAUUGCCCCAGCAUACAAACAGACCCAGCCAGAUCCCUUAUUUGCAGAGGAGUCAGAGGAGGAUGAGGAAGCUGAAAAAGAACCAGAGUGGAAGAAACGCAAAAUCUGAACGUCUUCAGCAGCAGCUGCAUUAUAAAACAGCAGGCAGUGUGGGCUGGCAGGCCCAGAACACAUAGCCACUGCCCAUAACUUUGCAUAGGAGCAUCAAUUAAGUAGUUAAAAAGCAGUCUGUCCUCUCUCCACAAACAUAUCUGCAGAUAAUUUAUAUGCAUCUGUGGUGAGGGAAGAUGCAUAAAUCUGAUCUAACCGUGGAAGCAUAAUCUAACUUUAUACAGGUUUAUGUUCCUCACUGCAAUUUAUGAACCACAGGAAUAACUUUUUUUUUUGUCUGUUUUGAUGAAGUAAAAUGUAUUUUCACAAUUUCCAUUGUCCUCUAAGCCCAACUAUCCCCAGUUGGCUAAUGCCUCAUAAAUCAGCUCCAGAUUUUGUGGUCUGAUGCUGUUGAUCACCAUGAAGAACGGCUUGCAAAGAUGCCAUAAAAUUUCUGCCAGUUUUAUGUGAAAUUGUUUUUAAGGUUUGAUAGUUUCAAAGCUUUACUCUUUUUUUUUGUGAUGUACAAAACGACAUUUACUGAUCUGCUGUUUUUUUUGUUGUUUUGUUUUUCUUGUACCCCACAACCCACCACAGAAUCCAAAUAAAGGAAUUUGUGUCCUCUU